ACGAGUUCUAUGGUGGCAUUCUCAUAGUGCGGUCUUGCGGCUUAUCGGCAGUGGCGUCGACUAUAUAUGUGCCAAGUAGAAGGACCGAACCGGACAACAGAUUCACCAUCUAGUCUUUACAGCCCCUUCUCUCCUCUAUGGCAGUAACCAAUACCAACCCGACGUCAAGCGUGAUGCUUGAUCAACCACUCGUCAGUGGAGAUCGGCAAUAUCACAAUACCGAUGAGCCGUACACCCUCCCUAGCAGUAAAGAUGAAAUUGAAGACUGGCGGCUGAAUGUUCAACACUAUGGCAUCAAAGAUUACUUUGGUGGGAAUAACUGUGGCGCCGCUUGGCCGGUUCACCCAAAGAAGAUUCUCGAGAUCGGCUCUGGUAACGGUGUGUGGGCGAGGGAGGUUUGCGAGCAAUUCCCAGAAGCGGAAGUUGUUGGAGUCGACAUGAUCGAUGGAGUAAAGAAUAAGCCAUCGAACCUCACGUUCCAGCUACUUAACUUCGUAAAAGACGCUUGGCCCUUUGCGCCUGGAUCUUUUGACAUCGUCCAUUGCCGAUUCGUAGCGAUGCAUAUCCCGAACUUUGAAAAGCUCCUUGACAAGGCCAUCGAGGCAACCGCACCAGGAGGCAUUCUUAUGUUCGAAGAUCAAGACCAGGAAUUGCGAGCAGAGGGCAAACCCGUGCCGCACCCAGCCCAUCUUGGAUUUGCUAUCUUUCACGGGUUCUGCGACACCGUCAACGUCAACCCUCGUCCAGGACCGUUGUUUGCGCCCCUCAUCAUGGCAAGUAGGCAGUUUGCCGAAACCCACGAAACAGUUGUUCCUGCACCAGUGGCUGCCUGGUCCGAGGAUAAGAAGUUACAUGCCAUCGGAGAAAGCAUUCGACAUGGAAUAACCGGCAGCGCGCGAGGUCUUAAUGAGAAGCUGUUCCAGUAUGGUAUGACAAAGGACAUCGUCGAGGGAAUGAUCAAGGAAAUAGAGAAUCCGAAGAACAAGCUGUACAUGGACCAGUACUUCGUCUGGGCAAGGAAGAAACGAAGUUGUCUGUAACCGAUUCAUGAUGUCAGCAACCUGACACUAGUACUGAAUACAAAAGUGCCAAGCAAUCCAGCCCGAUCGAUGCAUUUGCAACAUCUCCGUUUUUUGUACUGGAUGUCCAUGCUUUUCGGGGCAGGCUUAUGGAUUUACGUAAGUCCACCGGUUCUUUGUCAUGGUCGGUCGGGCACUUCGGGUAAAGCUUAUGAGUCUUCGAUCCACAUGUUAUGGUAGCAUUAACGAUCGAACAAGUAGUCCCGAUCACGCACGUCCGUCCACAUGGGAGAUGGACAGCCCCCGCAUCUCCCGAACUUGCGGUUUGUCCCAACUAACACAAUACUGUAUGUAACUGCUGCCACACGAUAACUGUACAAUAUUAUGAGUGGAUACCUCUAUUUUCCACUCUCAUCAAUACAGUAGUGUUAC